CAGAGCGGAGCGGAGCUGCGAGGCGCCAGCAAGGAGCAGGCAGGCGGGCCGGCCGGCGGGCGCGAGGCGGAGCGCAGGCAGCCGGGGAAGCUCGAGGGCGGACAGCGGCGGCGCGAGCACUCGGCCUGGGCCUGCGGGAGCCGGAGACCGCGGCGGCGGCGGCGGCUGCUGCCGGAGGAGCCGAGGGGACACCGCCCUGUCCGUGCCCUGCCUCAGGCCAUCGCUGCUCUCCCGGGGCCCAGCGCGGAAUCGCCUCCGUGAAGUGUCACGAUGUCUGACCGGAAGGCAGUGAUCAAGAAUGCAGACAUGUCUGAGGACAUGCAACAAGAUGCUGUUGACUGCGCCACGCAGGCUAUGGAGAAGUACAACAUAGAGAAGGACAUUGCUGCGUAUAUCAAGAAGGAAUUUGACAAGAAAUAUAACCCUACCUGGCACUGUAUCGUGGGCCGAAAUUUUGGCAGCUACGUUACACAUGAGACAAAGCACUUCAUCUAUUUUUACUUGGGUCAAGUUGCAAUCCUCCUCUUCAAGUCAGGCUAGGUGGCCGCGGUGAAGGUGUCAGUGGCGGCGGCAGCGAUGGCGAGCAGGCGGCGUUGCUGGGACUGUUUUGCACUGGGGCCAGCAUCAGGAUGUCCUCUCCAAUGGCUGUGCUACUGCAUGGACUGUAUACUCGAUUUCAUGUGUAUGUCGCAGUAAACAAAACCAAACUUCUUUCUGUUUAGUUGCCUGGGGAAGAAGGCUGCUUUAUGUUUAUUUUUCAAGACUUAAAAAAAUUUUUUUGGUUGUAUUGCACUAGGAAAUCUCUCCCAUCCCUCCCUUUUCUCUUUCUCUCCCUAUACAAAAUAAAAGCCCUCAACAAAGCCUGUAAGACUAGGAGGGCUAGGGGAAAGAAGUAGGUUUCUGGAGGUGGAACUAAAACUGUGCAGCUGCCUCUUCCUGGUGGUGGAUGCUGGUUUGGGAGGGCCACAGUGUGGGGGGUUGCAGGGGGACAGUGUUAGGCUUGGCAAGGAGAGAGGGAUAGGAAGGAGGGUAGGGGGAUUGAUCUAGUACCAGGGAGAAUAUUCCACUGAACUGUGAUUCCACGGCUUGGGGCAGAGGAUGGGGCGGGGGCUGGAUUCUUUAAGGGGCCCUGAGACGUGUUUGUCUGUGGUGUGUGGGAGUGGGGAGCAGACUUGUCUUGCUGUCUUUGUCAGAAGAGUUUCUAAGUAAGGGCUGUGUCUUUGUGGAUUACCUUCUUUUAUUCUUCCUGCCAGAGCUCGUGCUAGGAGGAUGUUGAGGGUAGGAUUAGCUUGAUUUUUUUUUCCCCCAUUCUUCUCUCCUGUCUGCUCCCUGCUCAGCCCUCGGUUUUCUCAUUCCUCUGGAGUUCUCUUAGAGCAGCCCCUGUUAGUUGGCUGGCAAGGGAAUUUCUGGUGACUAUAGUUCCUUAGUUAGGUCUUAGCAAUCAAACCAAAUCAAUGUCUCCCUUGAUUCUCCUGUGUAUGUGUGUGUGUGUGUGUGUGUGUGUGUGUGUAUCUUGGUUUGGGGUAGAGGGGAGGGAGGGGCAGGACUGUGGAAUCUCUAGUGGGUAUGGGUAUAUAUAGGGUGCACAGUUCUAAGUGGGCCUUUAUGUUAAAAACCUCUGGGGGUGUCUGUUUUGGGGGUGAAGAUGGGUAUCACCCCCCUCAGCCAUCUGGCAUAGACACUGCUUGCCCUAUUGCCGUCUGCUCCCAGGAAAGGUUUAGGAGGAUAGUCCAGGAGGAGAUGGUCAGGCUGCCAUCCACCCUGGAGCUGGGUCUCAGUGGAGAGGGAAAGUGACUUUGUGGAUGGUGGCAGCCUCUUGUGGGAGGCAGGGAUGGAAGUGAUAAAGGCUCUUGAGCUUUGGCAGAACUUUCUAGGAAGUCAGUCUUGCAGUGGUGAAGCCAGGAAUCAGGAUGGAGUAGGGCCGCUAGUGGGAGGAGAUUCCAAGGGGAGUGCUGGGGAAAUCUUGUCUGUGGAUCAAAACGGGAUGGGGUGGGGGGGAGUCAUUGCUGAUUGAGCUGUUGAUUCUUGUAAAUUGCAUUAAAAACUCUCAUGUGUACGGUUGAUGCUGUCGGGGGGUUUGGGAUCCAGCUCAUUUUUUUUUUUUCCAAGUCCAUUCUUCGGGUUGGUGGGGAGGCAGGAGAAUGCCCCCUCCCCAAGCCUUUAAUGUGUGCUGAGCUUUCUUUCUGAUGCUGACUGAGGAGGGUGGGGACUGGGAUGGUGAGUGAGUUCCCUAUAUUAAACCCUUUGGUGGGCACAAGAUUGAAUGCUUGACUUUAGGUUUUAUUUUUUUAUGAAUGUUCAAAUCUGUGUUUCCCCUGCCCUCCCAGACUGUGGCCAGUUGGAAAUGUCUGGUUUGUGUUCAUCUCUUCCUCAUUUCUGGAGCAGGGGCUGAGACCCUGCCACAUCUCCUGUGCUCUGCAUCCACGCCUCUUUUGGACAUUAAAGGUCGAUUGAUGCA